CGACCUCCUCGGCCGGCGGCGCAGCGGAGCGCCGGGAGGAGUCCGAGCCGGAGCCGGAGCCGGAGCCGCGCGCGCCCCGCCCGCCCGCGCGGCACUCCCUCCCUCCCUCCAUGGCGUUUAUCCGGAAGAAGCCGCGCGAGCAGCAGCUGCAGCUCUACUCCAAGGAGAGCCUUUUGAAGAUUCUGCAAAUGAAGGCAAAUGGCCAGGAAUAUGCAUCAGGCUUUUGCUGGAGCCACAUUGGUGGGGGAGACUCAACACAGGAGAGAGAGAUUUUCCUUGCUGCUGCUUAACUUGGAGGAGUACUACUUUGAACAGCAUACAGCUAGUCAUAUUCAGCACAAGGGCAGUCAGAAUGAAAGGAAAAUCAGAGGCUCCUUAAAAAUAUGUUCAAAAUCAGUUAUUUUUGAACCAGAUGCAAUAUCCCAGCCCAUCAUUAAGAUUCCUUUGAGAGAUUGUAUAAAAAUAGGAAAACAUGGAGAAAAUGGAGCCAAUAGACACUUCGCAAAGGCAGUAUCCGGGGGGAUCUCACUCAUUUUCAGUCAGGUAUAUUUCAUUAAAGAACACAACAUUGUUGCACCAUAUAAAAUAGAAAGGGGCACGAUGGAAUAUGUCUUCGAGUUGGAUGUUUCAGGGAAGGUGGAAGGUGUCGUGGAGACAUUGCUUCAGCUUCACAGAGCAUCCUGUCUGGAUAAACUUGGGGAUCAAACUGCUAUGAUAACAGCCAUUUUGCAGUCCCGUUUGGCUAGGACGUCAUUUGACAAAAACAGAUUCCAAAGUGUUUCUGAAAAGCUGCACAUGGAAUGCAAAGCAGAAAUGGUAACACCUCUGGUGACGAAUCCUGGCCACGUGUGCAUCACUGACACCAACCUGUAUUUCCAGCCUCUCAACGGGUACCCGAAACCCAUGGUCCAGAUAACACUCCACGACGUCCGCCGCAUUUACAAGAGGAGACAUGGUCUCAUGCCUCUGGGCUUGGAAGUGUUUUGCACAGAAGAUGAUCUGUGUUCCGACGUCUACCUGAAGUUCUAUGAACGUCAAGACCGAGAUGACCUCUAUUUUUACAUUGCUACAUAUCUAGAGCACCACGUGGCGGAGCGCACGGCCGAGGGCUACACACUGCAGUGGCAGCGCGGGCUGCUGUCCAACUACCAGUACCUGCUGCACCUCAACACGCUGGCCGACCGCAGCUGCAAUGACCUCUCCCAGUACCCGGUGUUCCCCUGGGUCAUCGGCGACUACAGCAGCUCCGAGCUGGAUCUGUCAAAUCCAGGGACCUUCCGGGAUCUCAGUAAGCCAGUAGGGGCCCUCAACAAGGAACGUCUGGAGAGGCUGCUGGCACGCUACCAGGAGAUGCCGGAGCCCAAGUUCAUGUACGGCAGCCACUACUCCUCCCCGGGCUACGUGCUGUUUUAUCUGGUCAGGAUUGCACCAGAGUAUAUGCUGUGUCUGCAGAACGGAAGAUUCGACAACGCAGACAGAAUGUUCAACAGUAUUGCAGAAACUUGGAAAAACUGUUUGGAUGGUGCAACUGAUUUUAAAGAGCUGAUUCCGGAAUUCUAUGGUGAUGAUGUCAGCUUUUUAGUCAAUAGUCUGAAGCUGGAUUUGGGAAAGAGACAAGGAGGGCAGAUGGUUGAUGACGUAGAACUCCCCCCUUGGGCCCGGAGUCCCGAGGACUUUCUCCAGAAGAGCAGAGACGCACUGGAAAGCGAUUACGUGUCAGAGCACCUUCACGAGUGGAUCGAUCUCGUGUUUGGCUACAAGCAGAAGGGGAGGGAUGCUGUCGGAGCCCACAAUGUGUUUCAUCCCCUGACCUACGAAGGAGGUGUCGACUUGAACAGCAUUGAGGAUCCUGACGAGAAGGUAGCCAUGCUCACCCAGAUCUUGGAGUUUGGGCAGACACCGAAGCAGCUCUUCGUGACCCCGCAUCCUCGAAGGAUCACCCCAAAGUUUAAAAGCUUGUCCCAGCCCUCCAGUUAUAACGCUUCCACGGCAGAUUCUCCAGUCUCUCCAGGUGAAGAGUCUUUUGAAGACCUGACUGAAGAAAGCAGAACGCUGGCCUGGAGUAACAUCACGCGACUGCAGCUCCACGAGCAGCACAAAAUCCACAAAGAGGCAGUCACGGGCAUAGCAGUCUCUCGCAGUGGGUCGUCCAUCUUUACAACCUCACAAGAUUCCACCUUGAAGAUGUUUUCCAAAGAAUCCAAGAUGCUACAAAGAAGUAUAUCAUUUUCAAAUAUGGCUUUAUCAUCGUGUUUACUUUUACCAGGAGAUGCCACCGUCGUAAGCUCUUCGUGGGAUAACAACGUCUAUUUUUAUUCCAUUGCAUUUGGAAGACGCCAAGACACAUUAAUGGGACAUGAUGAUGCUGUUAGUAAGAUCUGUUGGCGUGACAACAGGCUGUAUUCUGCGUCAUGGGACUCUACCGUGAAGGUGUGGUCCGGGGUUCCUGCAGAGACGCCAGGCUCCAGGAGACACCAGUUUGACCUGCUGGCCGAGCUGGAGCACGACGUCAGUGUCGAUACAAUCAGUUUAAGCGCCGCAAGCACACUGCUGGUUUCAGGCACCAAAGAAGGCACAGUGACUAUUUGGGACCUUGUUGCAGCCACCAUAUUGCACCAGAUUCCAUGUCACUCAGGGACUGUAUGUGAUACUGCUUUCAGCCCAGACAGUCGCCACAUCCUCAGCGCAGGAGAAGACGGCUGUCUAAAUGUCGUCGAUGUGCAGACAGGAAUGCUCAUCUCUUCUAUGACUUCGGACGAGCCCCAGAGGUGCUUUCUCUGGGACGGAAAUUCUGUUUUAUCCGGGAGUCAGUCCGGUGAGCUGCUUGUCUGGGACCUUCUCGGGGGGAAGAUCAGGGAGAGAAUCCAGGGCCACACAGGUGCCGUAACGUGUAUGUGGAUGAACGAACAGUGUAGCAGUGUCCUCACGGGAGGGGAAGACAGACAAAUUAUGUUCUGGAAACUGCAGUAUUAAGUGCCUUUUCCUCGAAUAUUAUUCAACUCCAUGUAAUGCAUUUUGAAACCAAACUUUUAAAUGAACUGGUGAAUGUGCAAUUAUAGUAAUCAGAAGUCUUACCACAUGAGAAAUCUGUGGUUUUAAACUUUAUAAAUCAUGGUGACUUCACUGAAAGCCAUUAGCUGUCAUCCUCUAAGGCAGAUGUAGAUGUGUCAGCACUGGGGAGAAAAACUUAACGUUUGUAAGGCAGGUGGUCAUCUCAGGACGACGACAGUCAGGAGACAAGUUUGGGUGGCAAAGAGCGUAGCUGAGAGCUACUAAACCAGCUGGGGAAUUCCCAAAGCACUGAACAAUUUAAGGACUUUCCAAGAAAAUGUGAGUAUUCUCUGCUGCCCAGUCCCUCUGUUAUGUCUUCCUAAUCGACACAGUUGCUGCCCACUGGGUUUUGGGAUGUGUGCUUCCACGGAGUGGUUUUUCUAUAACCGACUGGCCCCAGAUUCUAAGAACCUGGGGAAGGAUUAGCAGUUCUUAUAACAGUUUACUGUGUAUGGGAACAGUUUAUUUCAUUAUAGCUAUUAAUGCUUAUCUUUUCU